GCUGCGGAUUGACAAAUGAUUUUCGCGGCGUUCAAUUAUCCUUUCGACGCGUUCGCUGCCAGUCUAAUACCCGUGAAAAUUUCGAUUGGAGAAUUGGAAAUUACUUAGUGCAAAGGCACUCAUCCAACUCCCUUACUUUCGAAGAUGUGCAACGCAUCGCCAAAGGGGAUCCAAGAAAUUAGCAUCAACGAAUCGAGUUGCAUAGCUAGCUUGCAAAGCGACGAUACGGAUGUAUGUCGGAAAUUUUGCGGAAAUGGCGAAGAGGAAGCGUUAACUGCUGGUCGAGAAAGGGAUCAGUCGAGUUACGUCGAGGAAAGGAUUUUUCAUUUGUUGUUACCCGCGUUAGAGGAAACACUGUUCGAAGCCUCCAAAUGGAACGCUCUUCGGGUGCAAAAGUGUCGUUUCAGUGGCCUCGACUACCUCGCGGAGAUUUUGUGGAACCGUAAUCCUCGUCGUUCGAGGGUUUUCUCACCCCCAUUGAAUGCAGCCGACAUCCCACUGUUUAAACAAUGGUUGCGUCUGCGGCCUCCUUAUCCUAAAUCGUGGUUGUGGUCCGAGGAUGAAGCAGCAUUGCACUUACAACGGUUCGUUCGUGGCUGGCUCGUGAGAAAACGUACGGAUGUUCAGGAAAUGAGGCAAUUUUGGAAGGUGAACAAACGCAACACGACGCAUACUCUAUUGGAUCGUUUCUUUAUAUAUACAGUACUAUGCCGUACCAUGCUACAUAGCAAAAUAUACAAUAUCAUAUCACACUAUUGUACAUCGUAA